AGUAUAAAUGGAAUUUGUACCGACUCGGACACAACAAUAAGUAGGCGUGCCCCUCCGACUUCGAGUAUUUUCAACACCAUUGAGAAGCAGUACAGACGUGACUGCUUCGAACCAAAAUAAAAUAUAAAGUAGCCCAGGCGUUUAAGAGGAAGCACAAUGCCUAAGGCAACUCUUGCCUCAAGGCCGGUGAAGAAUAAAGACACUGGACUGGACCUGACAGUGACGUCUUUCAGAGAGACUAAGGGAAUGGUGACGUCCACUGUCUACUACCAAGUGGUGCUGGUUUCUAAUCUAGCUUGCUUCAAGACUCCAAGCCACAGAGAAUCUGAUGUUGUGCAGUACACUGUUGAGAAGAAGCUCAAUGAGUUUGAGCAGCUGAGAGCGAAAGUGGCUGAGUUAUACCCUUCAACGAUGUUACCCCCAAUCAACAAAAAGGCCAUUAUUGUCAAUGACGCAGUGCUCAGGGAAAGAAGGAACAGUUUGAAUGCACUCUUGAAAUUCUUUGCAUCAACACCCAACAUCUCCAUCUGUGCUCCUGUUCUAGAAUUUUUAGGAGUUGACUCCCUUCGUGCCAAGCGGUUCAGCCGAGGAGAAUCGGUGGAGGGAACUACAGCAGUGUCGACUGGUGGAGCAGGAAUGGAUGAUGAAGCAGAAGCAAACACACCAGAGUUGAGCUUCUUAGGUGAAGAAGAUGAGAAUGCUGAAGGCAACAAUGAUGAUGAUGAUGACGACCUUUUCAAUGAAAAAGAUGUAGAUGAUGAUGCUGAUAUGUUUACAUCAAAAGGCCAAGUUCAAAUGUUUGAAGAGCAGGAUUUGAAGAGAGAGCUGACGGAAGAUGACGAGAAGGAUUUUGGUUUCAUUCCCGAUGCCAUCAUCACAAAGCGUGAGAAAGUGACAGUUGCAGCGGACGAUGAGGGAGAGGAAGACCAUUCAGAGCUUUUUCAGAUUGAAGACGACUUGGAUGAACUCAUGAAAAUCGAUGUUAGCAAGAAAAAAGUUGAGAAGGAGGAAACUGAAUCGGUACGCCAGUCGUCAGAAGCGCCAGAAACUACCGCCAGGACAGCAGCUCUGAAACCUUCUGUUCCUUCCAAGCCCAAACCUUCAGCGAAGCCAAAAUUACCUGAAAAGCCAUCACAAAAACCGUCAAAUUCACUCUCGACUAACACGACCGAAAAACCAACACCAGCUCCGAGGCCUAAACCUGCACCAAGAACUAAAAUUGGCGGAGGGGAAAACUCUGGGAGCUCUGGUAAUGCUAUUUCUUCUCAGACACAAAGUUCAACCAGUGCUGGUGUCACUGCUGCAGACACUGCGGCAAAUCUGGGUCAGGAUGAUAUUUUGAAAUAUUUACAGGACAACCUUGCCCAGGAUGAGGAAGAGGUAGAUUUGUUCUCCUGAAGUAAAGCUGGAUGUUUCAUUUAUUGUUCUCUUUUUUCAAAAGUUAAAUACUUCUGGGAAAUUCCCAUCUAUGGAGAUGGAGAACUUGACACAGUUUGUAUUUUCCACUGUUCCAGUCGGAUAAUUUCCCUUCGUGCCUCAGCUAACAGCAUUUAAUUUUUUUUCGUAUUGAAUCUGUGCUGUAUGGCACAUUUUAAGGGCACUGGUGCAAUUUUUAUCCAAUUCUUUAUGAGCUUUAAAAUGGCAGUGAUUGGUCUGGCCAGAUUUCAAAAUUGCUCCAAUUCUUCAAAGUAAAUUAAUAUGUGAUGACAUGGGGGAGUCAGGUAUUAGUAUUAGUCAAUUUUUUGGCAUAUAAUGGAGUCAUUGGUCAUUGUAUCUCCUUAACUCCUUAUCUGCGGCAAGCAGCUCGCGGUUGGAACUGCUGUGCUGGUGAUUGGGUUGCAGCGGCUCAGGCACAUUCCUUUACAAUGACUUCAAUGUCAAAUUACUUUUCAGCAAUUGCGGAAAACAAGUCUCUUUUAUCGGGAGUUAAUUCAGUAGAUGAAGAACUAGAUUCUAGCGAGAUAGGUUCACUUCUUAAAAUUUAAUGACCACUUUUGUCACAUAUAUAUGUCUAUUUGGGAUUUCAUUCCAAAAUAGGGCCCAGCACAGUUGGUUUACCCCCCUCAGAGAUAAAGAGUUGAAGUCUGUUCAUGUGUUUUUCUUAUAAUGAAAAAAUACAAAAUACCCAUAUCUUGAAUUGAAGUCGAGAUAUUUGCAAUUGAAGAAGGUGGGGGGUUGACUUGUUUAAAGUCCCAACCAGACCAAAUCCUUCCAGUCAGACUAGAACAAUUAAUGCACUUGAGUUGCCUAGCGGGAGCAAAGUGAAAAAACAUGUGCUUAUCUGCUGAUUGCCAAAAGUUAUCAAAAUGUGAAGUGUCUUGAGGAAUUUUUUAUUGACUUUUUCUUCAGGAUGAGGUUAAACUAUAAACAGAAUUUCGUCAGCAGUUGACACAGUUGAUAAGAGAAAAAAUAAUACAUUUUGACAAAGACUUUCUUUUAGCAAUAUUGUGACUGAUUUAAGGAUGCCUUAUUAAGAUUGUGUUUUGGUACACUGUUUUUUUCAAUCUGUGAUAAUGACAAACUUAAUGGAUUUUGUGUUGCGCUGUAAAUCUUUUAAGUUGAUAUAAUUUUGCAACAUUUUAAUCUUCAAUCACAAUAUUGAAUUGAAGUUUGAAUGACUGGACGCUAUUAAAAUGAUAAAAUGUACAUUUGCUUUCCUUCUUGGGAAGUCAUACACAAGGGCUUUUGAUUUCAACCCUUUGUGCCAUUUUUAAAAUCAGAAUGAUAAACGAUUUUGAGACAUG